AGGCGCCGGAAUUGAGAGGCAGAAAGAAGGCGGGGCGUUUGUGGAUUAUCAGAAAGGAGGCGGGGCUUCCUGAGACGCCGGACACGUUGACAGGCAGAAAAAAGGGGGCGUGGUGAUUGUGGAUUAUCAACAAGGAGGCGGGGUCUUUUGAGGCACCGGACACGUUGACAGGCAGCAAAAGGGGGCGGGGAUUGUGAGGUGUGACGGCAUGCAGUGACGACACUUCCGGGGUUGUGAGGAGGUGUCCUCCGUCGCAGCUGUGCCUGCUGCCGCAGUCGGACUCGGGCGCUGCUCGAGGGAGGAGGCGGAAGAGAAGAAGGCAGGGGCUGGAGGAGAGGCGGAAGGCGAUAGGGACAAGCCCCGGCUUCUCCCCUUGAUAUUUGUAUUAGUCAAGAGACAUGGAGGCGGGGGAGGGCGCUUUUUGAUAGGAGAGACUCUAUAUCUAUACAGACACACAUAUAUAUUUAUAUAGAGAUAUUAUUCUUAUUGCCAAGCGAGGACCGUCCUGAAGGGUAUUAAGAAAAAGGCUGGACGUCUGGAGAGGUGGCAGCCGGGGCUAUAGGCAAUAGAUGCGGGGGAUGGUUUUGUAUUGGAGGAAGGAGAAUAAAAGCCUCAGGAAGACACUUCUUCCACCCACAAGAACUGAUCGUGUUUUCUUCCCAUCAUCCGGAUCUUUACCGGUUUAAGUUUUCCAGCGGCUGCUUCAGGGGGACGAAAGGGCUGCCAAGCGGGUCUCUUCCUCCUCCUCCUCCUCUUCUUCCAUCGGUCCUUCUGGCCAUUCCGGCCGCCGGGGGAGGUGGACCUUGGCUGCUGCUGCUGCCCUGAUUGCUCCUCCUCGGAGCUGACUUCAAGCCGGAGUGAGACGGGGCUCCUUCUUCACCAGCCUAAGGCUUCCGGCGUCGAGGGACCGCUUGGCUUCGGACUCCGGCGGCGGAGCAGCUCAAUGUGGCGCCUGCUGUUCUCGCCUCCGUCUCCUCCUUCGCCGCCUUGCGCUGCUCCUCUUCGCGGCUGAACCGGCCCCCUCCGCUUCCCUAUGGAGUCUCCCCCCAACAACAGCCACUUGCUCCUGGGCUCCGGCUUCGGCGGCCUCCAGAGCCCCGACCAAGGCGCCUCGUCCUCGGCCUCUUCGCCGCCGCCGCCUCCGCUGCCCGGCUUCGGCACCCCUUGGUCGGUGCAGACCUCCUCUCCUCCGCCGUCUCAGCAACAACCGCAGCCCCCUCCCUCGGCCCCCAGCGCCGCCAUGGCCCCGCCGACCAGCCCCGACUCCUCCGACGGAGGAAGCAGCAGCAGCAGCAGCUUCUACGCCACCAGCGGCGGCGGCGGCGCGGGGAUCCCGUCCUCCAUCAACCCGGCUUUCUUCCAGAGCUUCUCUCCGGUGUCGUCCCACGCCGCCGCCUCCGUAGGGCCUUUCAGCAGCCCUUUCUCCAACGCGGCCCCUCCGCCUCCUCCGCCGCCGCCGCCUCAGAUCAAUUUACCUCAACAUCAGCAGCAGCAGAACCGGCGCUCCCCGGUCAGCCCUCAGCUCCAGCCCCACCAACAUCACCACCAUCAGCAGCAACAACACCAGGCCGCGGCGGCGGCUGCUGCUGCUGCGGCCGCUUUCCUCCAGCAGAGGAACUCCUACAACCACCACCAGCCUCUUCUGAAACCAUCACCCUGGAGCAACCAUCAGAGUAGUGGAUGGAGCACAGGAAAUAUGUCUUGGGGAAGCAUGCAUGGCAGAGACCAUCGUAGAACUGGAAACAUGGGAAUGCCAGGAACGAUGAACCAGAUCUCUCCCUUAAAGAAGCCGUUUUCCGGUAACGUCAUAGCUCCCCCUAAAUUUACUCGUUCUACUCCAUCACUGACUCCAAAAACUUGGAUUGAAGAUAACGUUUUCCGAACAGACAACAACAGUAACACACUCUUACCCUUACAGGUAAGAAUGGAUCGAAACAGAAUGUAUGACAGUCUGAAUAUGCAUUCACUGGAAAAUUCCCUUAUUGAUAUAAUGAGAGCUGAACACGAUCCUCUUAAAGGGCGUUUGAAUUACCCACAUCCAGGAACUGACAAUCUUCUAAUGUUGAAUGCAAGGAGUUAUGGGCGAAGACGAGGUCGUUCUUCCCUCUUUCCAAUAGAUGAUGGCUUGUUGGAUGAUGGUCAUAGUGAUCAAGUGGGUGUGAUAAAUUCACCUACUUGUUAUUCUGCUCAUCAGAAUGGAGAGCGGAUAGAACGUUUCUCUCGGAAGGUGUUUGUUGGUGGUCUUCCUCCAGACAUUGAUGAAGAUGAAAUUACUGCUAGCUUCAGACGAUUUGGACCUCUGGUGGUUGACUGGCCUCACAAGGCAGAAAGCAAAUCAUAUUUUCCACCUAAAGGUUAUGCAUUCCUCUUAUUCCAAGAAGAGAGCUCUGUUCAAGCCCUGAUUGAUGCUUGCAUUGAAGAAGAUGGAAAGCUUUAUCUGUGUGUUUCCAGCCCCACUAUCAAGGAUAAGCCAGUUCAGAUCCGUCCUUGGAACCUAAGUGAUAGUGACUUUGUGAUGGAUGGUUCACAACCUCUUGAUCCUCGAAAAACCAUUUUUGUUGGUGGUGUCCCCAGACCACUGCGAGCUGUGGAAUUGGCCAUGAUAAUGGACCGUCUCUAUGGUGGAGUUUGUUAUGCAGGAAUUGAUACAGAUCCUGAACUAAAAUACCCGAAAGGUGCUGGGCGAGUUGCUUUUUCCAAUCAGCAGAGCUACAUCGCUGCCAUUAGUGCUCGUUUUGUUCAGCUUCAACAUGGUGAUAUUGAUAAACGAGUGGAGGUAAAGCCAUAUGUGUUGGAUGACCAGAUGUGUGAUGAAUGCCAGGGGGCACGAUGUGGUGGAAAAUUCGCUCCCUUUUUUUGUGCCAAUGUCACUUGCCUGCAGUAUUACUGUGAGUUUUGCUGGGCAAAUAUCCACUCUCGGGCAGGACGUGAAUUCCAUAAGCCAUUGGUUAAGGAAGGGGCUGAUCGCCCACGUCAGAUCCACUUCCGCUGGAACUGAGCCUGGCUCUCCAGCAUCUCCUUAAGGAAUGAAGGGUGCAUGUGGCUUACUGUAUUUGAAGAAAUUGACAUGCAGAAGAAAUAAGUGCAUUCUUCUGCUUCUCACCCCAACUCUCAAUACAUGCAUCUUUUUCAGCAGUCAAAACACUACAAAGCCUCUUGUUUUUCACCAAAACCCUACAUCUCAGGCUUACUAAUUUUUGUGAUAUUUUCAUGUUAAAAUAAAAAAAAAUGUUUUUUUGUAUUUCUCCAACUUAUUUUUAUAUGUAAAAUUGAAACUAGAUAAGAGAAUGUUUUUUGCAUAGGGGCACAUUGUCUGCUGCUAUAUUUAGAGGGUGAAGCGUGCACUUAUUUCUAAACAUGGGUUUUUAACUUCAAGAUCUGCCCCAGUAAUUUACCAAAGGUAGCAAAAAUAGUGAAGAUGGGAUAUGUCUGCUACAAAAAAAAAAAAAGCUUAUUUUUUAUUGUUGUUGCUAUUUUCAGUGUAUACAUCACUUAAAAAUAAGGUUGAUUUUUUUGCUCUCCAUUUUGACUUGCAAGAAAUAAUACCUCAAGAUAAUCUGAUUUAUUAGCUAUUUUUAAACAUUUAUAAUCACAAGCUGAAUUAGCUUUGCUGCUAUAUAGGUGUUGUGUGUAAUGCCACCUAUUAAUACGGGAUUGAAACGUUUUAAGAUACACUGCAUUACAGAUUAAAAUGCAGGCAGCACAAUAUGGCGUAAACUGCCAUAGUUUUAGAAUGUGAAAAAUUGCAUGUUUACUUAUCUGUGUACACCAUAUGCAUGCACUAGAUCUAACAAGAAAUGCGUUUAUUACAGGUGUUUUUAAGGCUCUCAAAGCUAGGUAGCAUGAGCAGAUUGCAAAAAUUUGUAACAAAAGACUUGCAUGCGUUAUUGUGACUCAAGUUUAUUUCCCCGAAAAGUGUUCUACAUGUGUACAAUAUGCAAAUUAGUUUUAGAUUAGAACGUGCAGCCAUUUUGUGACCUGGUUGGUAGUGGAAUUCGAUUUUCGCAGACUGGAUGUAAUAUUGUAAACCCUGUGCAACUUUGUGGUGUGUGGUUCUAAUUAGUGUGAAGUGGUGUAGAAUAGAUACAAGUUUGAGGGGGGGGGAUUAGUUUUUUUAAUAAAAAUUAUUUAUUUCAUCCCCUUUAAUUAAAGUUAAAACUCCCUCUACAAACCAAAGAUGGCCAGCCCACUGCUAACCAGUCACCAAAUGGGAAACUACUGAGAAAUGAGCAUGAAAAUGUGCUCGUGCAAAAAAAAACAACAACAACAACUAAAUCUAAAUAAAGUCAAAAUGGAGAUGGUGUAAUAUACAGACCGCUAGUUGCAAAAGUUGUAUGUUACCUUUAAGACAACAGUGAAUCUGGCUUAAACUAUGUGCUUGUUUGACCUUCGGCAUGUUGGAGUCUUCUGUCAAGCUGGGUCACUGUUGCAUGAAAUGUAGUUAAUUGUCUGACAGCCAAGCAUAGUGUUUUAAUUUUGAUGAAGGAGUUCUACGUAAUGACAUUACUUGCAAGAUAUUGGAGUGAAAAGUGAUGUUAAUGCAAGAAAUCCAUUAGCAGUGUUUUAGUCCAUCCCAGAACAUUUUAAUAGGCCCUUACCCUUCAAUAGAAAGAGCUACCCUAUAGUUUUCUGUUUCAGCAAGCAAAAGCAGAACUGAAAGUCUUACUCCAAGAGAGAAAUUUAAAAGGGUUAUGCUCUUGGCAAUCCCUUGAGGACAAUCCUUCAUGUAAGCAAAGUGUUGCUCUUAUACUGGUUGUCUGCAAUGUGCUUUUUGUACUGUUCAAGAUGUGGUUCUCGUCUAAUUCUGCUGUUAUGUUGUGGCUGUGGCUCAAGUUUUUAAAGUUUUAAAGUUGAUGCUGUUUUAAGAAGAGCUUUUUAACUGAUUUAUUUGUCAGUGUACCCUAUUUGUUACUUAACCAUGAUCCUCCAGAUUUUUUGGAGUAUUCUUUUCUAACCUUAAACCCUGCCAAACCUUGAUCCAUUUUUGACAUUUGUUAUGCACUAUUUUUAUAUCUCUGUGAGAGAUUUUUUUUUCCAACUAGUCAGCUAUUUUAAGGCACACUUUUUUUGACUGAUGACAUCUCCUUUGCUAUACCUCAAUUUUUGGAAUUUAGAAAAAGAAAACAAAAUCAAUAGUUUUGCAAUGUUAAUUAGUUAGACAUAAUUUAAUUUUGCAGAUAUCUUUUUAACUUUAUUUUCAUAUUUCUUGCUUGAAGUUUAAAAGCGCCUUUACCUGUUUUAAAUAAUGAAAAUGAAUAUGGAGGAAAAGUACACAAUUGAAAUAAUUGGAGAUGUUGAAAAACCUUCCCCGCCCCCCCAUAAAGAUUUAAGAGAACACAAGAAUUACCCCUCUUUGGGGUAAACUAAUUUAAAUAUCAGGCUGUGCUUGUCACUUCGUUUCUGGAGCCGUCGAUAAUCUACAUUGCCUCUUUUCCUUUAAUCCACAUCUCCUCUUUUUCCUUACUUUUAAAUUCCAUGUUUGGGGGGCUCAAUCCAUCUCUAAGGUCUCCUGCAUCUGCACCUUUUGAAAUGAAUGGCUCUCCAUGCAAGAACGGUUGCGUUCUUAGCUCCUGUUCAUUUCUCUGGAGGCCAGCACAUGCCGCUUUCAUGUGCAGCUCCUGUUUAUUUCUGUAUGGAAUGAUGCUAGGGUCCUCCCUCGUGGAUUGUGCCCUUAUCCUCUUAACUGCUCAACACUGUAUUGGCUUUUGUUUUUAUAAAUCAUAUUUAUUUUACUAUUUUUGUAGAAGAUUAUUAAUUUUAUUGUAUUUUUGUAUUUUUAAAGCUUCUUUAAUUUUGUUACCCCAAAUGUGCAUAUUGCUGUCCAAACGUAUGACUGUGGAGGGGGAAAAAAAAUACUUUAAAAGUCCACAUUUUUGUUAAGAAGGAAACAUUUAGCAUUUAUAUAUUUGUGUAUGGAAAACACUUGAUAUAUUAUUCCCUGUUGCAUCUGGCUGCACAGAGCCUCUCCUCAAAGAUGCUACAAAACUUGAAUAUAACACAUUUUGGAAGGCUGACUAACCUCGAUUCUGUGUUGUGACGUGCAAUACUGUUUCUAAUGUUUGUAUAAAAAAAAAAAAAGAAUAACAGUGUAAACCUUUUUAAUGCAAAUUUUAUUUUUUUCAUUGCAUCUUUUGCAAAUUUUAUCCACAGUGUCAUUUUUUACUGUCAGAAAAAAGAAAAACCCCUUUUGUCAUUGCAAAUAUUUUUUAAAAUCCAGAAAUCUUUGUACUGAUGUAAAUGAUCGUAGUUAUUUUGGAUAGUGUUUUGCUAACAAAAGGAGAGACUUUUUUCAUGCAUAUUUCUAUUUUGUUGUCAUGUUGGGUUUUGUUUAUUUGAUUUCAAAUAGUAAAAAAAAAAAUACUUGGAAUAAUUUUUCAUAUUUCUUGUCAUUAAUAUUAUUUUGUAUUUUUAUGUGAAAAUAUAUAAUUUUAUGACGCUAAUUGCUAAAAGUUUAUUUUAUGUUGAAUUAUUUUUGGAGCUGAAAUCUUUGUAAUAUUAAAGCAACUAGUUUCUAAAUUCCGAGUUUCUGUAAAGAAUCGCACAAGUGGUUUAUGGAGUGUUUGGAUUGUAAUUAUAAAUGGUUCUUUGAUAUGCAAAUUAAUAUUUUCAGUUAAUUUUAUUUUGUAUUCCUAAUGGGGUGUUAAACAAUUUUUAUUUUCUAAAUUAAAAGAAAACCCAUGCUUUUUAUAGACACAAAGAGAGCAACACACCAAAGCACCACUGCUAAGCUACUCACAUUGAUUUCAGGGGAGCUAAGAAGAGCACCACUGAAAUAAGGAGGUGAUUUCUGGCAGUAGUGCCUGGUGGAUUGCUCCCUGAGUUAAUCGCCUUCAGCUUAAACUCUUCUGUUAAAAGCUUUUAGUUUAUUUUACUGUUAUCUUCCAGGUGUCUAAAUCUCCAGUCUGUCUGUUGUACUGGUAAUUUAACUCUGUAAUGGAAUAGUUUGCUGCCAACUAUUUAUAUAAGUAAUUUUUAAAUAUUUGUAAUAUUGUUGACUGACUAAUAAACUAUUAAGUUAUUGGCA